AACUCUAAGCGGGUGGCUUGUUGAUAACAUGGCGGCAGCAGCUGCCCGGGCAUCCCGAGGAGGCGGCAGCGCCCACACCCGGAAGAAGGGGGUGUUUUCGGACUAGUGCAGCGGCUCCUGCGGACCCGGAAGUCCCGGCCAGCUGCUGAAUGAGGGGAGCCGGGCCCUCCCCGCGACACUCCCCCCGCGCCCUCCGCCCCGACCCGGGCCCCGCCAUGUCCUUCUUCCGGCGGAAAGUGAAAGGUAAAGAGCAAGAGAAGAACUUAGAUGUCAAAUCCAUUAAAGCUUCAAUAGCCGUACAUUCCCCACAAAAAAGCACUAAAAAUCAUGCCUUGCUGGAAGCUGCAGGACCAAGUCAUGUUGCAAUCAAUGCCAUUUCUGCCAACAUGGACUCUUUUUCAAGUAGCAGGACAGCAACGCUUAAGAAACAGCCAAGCCACAUGGAGGCUGCUCAUUUUGGAGACUUGGGCAGAUCCUGUCUGGACUAUCAAACUCAAGAGACCAAAUCCAGUCUUUCAAAGACCCUUGAACAAGUCUUACGUGACAGUGUUGUCCUUCCAUAUUUCCUUCAGUUUAUGGAACUUCGGAGAAUGGAGCACCUGGUGAAAUUUUGGUUAGAGGCUGAAAGUUUUCACUCUACAACUUGGUCCCGAAUAAGAGCACACAGUCUAAACACAGUGAAACAGAGUUCACUGGCUGAGCCUGUCUCUCCAUCUAAAAAACAGGAAACGACAGCGUCUUUUGUAACUGAGUCUCUUGACAGGAGGUUGGGAGAUUCUAGCUCAGCCCCACUACUUUUGACUCAAUCAGAAGGAACUGACCUGAGUAGUAGAACUCAGAACACUCAGAAUCACUUGCUGCUUUCCCAGGAAUGCCACAGUACCCAUUCUCUCCAUCAUGAAGUGGCCAGAACAGGAACUCAUCAGAUUUCCACUGACUCCCAAGAAUCCUCUUCCAGACUUGCAGUAGCCAGUAGAAACAGUUGCUCUUCUCCACUGAGAGAACUGUCAGAAAAACUAAUGAAAAGUAUAGAACAAGAUGCAGUGAAUACUUUUACCAAAUAUAUCUCUCCAGAUGCUGCUAAACCAAUACCAAUUACAGAAGCCAUGAGAAACGACAUCAUAGCAAAGAUUUGUGGAGAAGAUGGACAGGUGGAUCCCAACUGUUUCGUUCUGGCACAGGCUGUAGUCUUUAGUGCAAUGGAGCAAGAGCACUUUAGUGAGUUUCUGCGAAGUCACCAUUUCUGUAAAUACCAGAUUGAAGUGCUGACCAGUGGGACUGUUUACCUGGCUGAUAUUCUCUUCUGUGAGUCAGCCCUCUUUUAUUUUUCUGAGUACAUGGAAAAAGAAGAUGCAGUGAAUAUCUUACAAUUCUGGUUGGCAGCGGAUAAUUUCCAGUCUCAGCUUGCUGCCAAAAAGGGCCAGUAUGAUGGGCAGGAGGCACAGAAUGAUGCCAUGAUUUUAUAUGACAAGUACUUUUCCCUCCAAGCCACACACCCCCUUGGAUUUGAUGAUGUUGUGCGAUUAGAAAUCGAAUCUAAUAUCUGCAGGGAAGGUGGGCCACUUCCUAACUGUUUCACAACCCCAUUACGUCAGGCCUGGACAACCAUGGAGAAGGUCUUUUUGCCUGGUUUUCUGUCCAGCAAUCUUUAUUACAAAUAUUUGAAUGAUCUCAUCCACUCAGUUCGAGGAGAUGAGUUUCUGGGAGGGAAUGUCUCAUUGGCUGCUCAUGGCUCUGUCUGCCUUCCUGAGGAGUCUCACUCAGGCGGCUCCGAUGGCUCCACUGCUCAGUCUAGUGUGAAAAAAGCCAGUAUUAAAAUUCUGAAAAACUUUGAUGAAGCAAUAGUUGUGGAUGCUGCAAGCCUGGAUCCAGAAUCUUUAUAUCAACGGACAUACGCCGGGAAGAUGUCCUUUGGGAGAGUUAGUGACUUGGGGCAGUUCAUCCGAGAGUCUGAGCCUGAACCUGAUGUGAAGAAAUCGAAAGGAUUCAUGUUCUCACAAGCUAUGAAGAAGUGGGUGCAAGGAAAUACUGAUGAGGCCCAAGAAGAGCUAGCUUGGAAGAUUGCAAAAAUGAUAGUGAGUGAUGUUAUGCAGCAGGCACACCAUGAUCAACCACUAGAGAAGUCUACAAAGCUAUGACUCAAAACCAGAGAUAAUGAAAUCUGAUUUUGAAAAAAUACGAACUUUCCCCUUUGGUUGGAUUCCUCAACACAGCCGAUGAAAGUGGAGCACUGCAUUUCUUUUCACUGCUAGAUCACUGUUGUUUCCAGGAAAGGAUGGGAGACAGUCCGAGAGCGGUCGUAAUGUAGACAUAGAUGACACAUGAUGGUAACACAGUGAGUCCCGAGAUAAAAAGUGGUGUUGGUGACAUUACUAGACCAUUAGUUUUCCAGUGGCCGUACCCACUGGAUAGACGGGGACCACAUGCUUGCAGCAGAUUCCUUCCCUAGCUGUGUCAGAAAGCAUGAGACAGGUGCUUCUUCUUGUCUCCUAGAGAUCACAGGUGAGUCUAUCCUGCCUGGAGCAAGCAGCUCCAAGUGGCAGUGUGGGCCAGCAGCCUGUGGAGCAGAGGACGAUUCCUUGUGUGUUUUUCUUCACAGAAGCAUUAACUAGAAAGCUGGCAAGUCAUGGGUCAAGCCUAGCUGACAGAACACUGUUCACAUUUCCUUCACUCCGAGAUGAUACAUCCUUACAGCUAGUCUCUCCUCUGCUGAUUAGUUUACUUGGAGCAUCAAGACCCAUUUCCUCUAUAGGAAUGCUAUGCUCCAAAUGCUUCAUUCCCUCUUCAGAAUACACAUGGGAAAAAACAAUGAUCACUCCAGUUUUUCCCAUGUGGUACUUAGAACACAUUCACAAAUUUCGUUUUAGUUUUUAAUAAUGUGGGGACAGAAGCACUCCCUUUUGAGUGUCUCCCCAGUUCUUCACUGUGAGUGGGAAAUGUGCAGUUGCCUUUUCCCUUUCUGUCUUCAGACAGUGGGAGACUCAUUGCUGCCCUUCUGCUUAGUUGGCUUUGUACCUGUGGCACAGCCAUUGGCGGGGCCACCCAGUUGGCAAGCACACUCCCCUGGCCACAUGGUGCCAGUGCUUCCUUGUGUGGAACAGUUUAGAGAGAAAGGGAGUUUUCUUAGGUGUUACUGCUUUUGCUCAGAAUUUGCAAAAGAAUAUAUAUAUGUAUGUGUGUGUGUGUAUAUAUAUGUAUAUAUAUACAUAUAUAUAUAUAUAAUUAUUAAUCACUUUUGGGAAAGUCUUGAAUGAACAGAAAAUUUAUUUCAUUGCAAUAUUGACUGUAUAGAGGCACACUGUUCAACAGAAGAAGCAAAAAGGCUGUGUAUAAGUUUUUGGUACUAUGUACCAUCUCUGUUAUUCUGAAGUAUUCAUGUACCUAAACCAUAUUCUAUUUAAUUGUGUUUGAUUUUAAAUAUAUAUAUAUGAAUUAUAUUUAAAAUGGUGUCAACUUUCUGCUUUCAGGGCAUUUAUGGCUCUCCUAUUGAAGUAUAUUGACCCUUCCUAAUAUUUCCACGUUUCACAAAACUCCAGAACAUGAUCCCCUACUGGACAUAGCCUUGUGUUUGGGUGUAGACUUAGACACGAGGAUUUUAUUAGUAUAUAUGCUAUUGUGGCUUAUUCUGCUCUUUUAACAAAGUAUUUCUAUCCAUUUCACAUUGCUUCAAACUUUAAGUGAAAAGCAACACUAAGGUCAUAGUGUAAUAUGUGAUUCUGAGCGUCUCCUGCCUUUGCAUGUUUUAGAGUAAAAAAUUCUGUAAUGCUCUUGGCUAUUUAAACUAGUGGGUUUUGUUAAAAUACUUUCUAGUGAUUUCUUGGUGUGCAUUUUGUGCUUCUGAGGUCAAGAUGUCAGUAUUUGUAAGCUAUGUCUAAGGGGAAAGAGCAAACCUGAGAUUGGUUUAUUUUUCUGCUCUGCCUGCUGUGAGAUACAGAAGCAGAGGGAUCCAAAGUGAUAGCAGUACGUGUUUAAAAUUAGCACAAGAGUCUCCUACCAUUGAGCACCCACCCACCGUGUCCCUGGCUCUAUGCAAUAUAUCUACAAAAUGAUUCCCUGACAGGGAUUUAAGGAAAAAGGUGAACUUCACCCUUACCAUUCCAUGUUGUCAGCCAGCAGAUUGCUAAACGUCAACCUACUAAUGAGAAAGAGUGACAGCAUUGUAAUUUGGCUUGUCUUCACCAUUCCUCCAUGAGAAGCAGGUGUCAGCCACGUCCAGUGAGGUGCAGUGAAGCAGGAAACGGCCCUUUCUAUUGAGUUCAGUGUCUGUUAAGGCCUUUGUGAGAGGUGAGUUACUUACACUACUAGAGCUUUUGCUUUCAGCUAUUGAGACGUGGUUUCACUGUGUAGUUCAGCCUCAGCUUCCCAAAGUCAGGGGUUAGAGACACAGCCUCCAUACCUGGCUUCUUUGCUGGUUUCUUUCAGCAUCAACAACUAAGCAUCUGAUGUAGCAACUGAUGUCUCUAAAGGCACUGUUGAGGCUCUUGCCUGACCCAGCACCCCCAGUGGCCUUUCUCUUUCACCCUCUUCAUGCUUCUCUAACAUGCUAGUUGUUUAAGCCAGGGCUGAACUAAUUGAAAUGCACAAUGAUAAUUCUGUAUCUUGAGGCUUCUGCAUGAAGGAGAAAAAUCAGUCAUCACCUGGAGAGAGAUGACCUGGGUGAUGACAUACUUCCCCAGGCAGGAGUUGGCACUGGUGAGCAAGCCUGAGAGAUAGGAGGCUUUGGUAAGCCUGAGGACUUCCCUGCUCUCUCAUCCAGUUCUGUAUCCUUGCCAUGGUUUUCAUUCAUCCUUAGGGUGUGCUUAGAAUGCAUCUGGAUUUUUUUUUUAACAUGAAUCUGAAGUGACUUUGUCAGUCCAUGUAACAGAAAGGAUCUUGAUUAAAAUAUUACCACAGUGCUCUAAAUCAUAACAACCAUGUGUUCUGCACAUUGCUAAUUACUGUGAUAUUUUAGAGCAGAAUUUUUCUGUAGUAAGCCUACCUUGGUCAUCUUGUCUAUACUGUUGAAAUGGAAUCCUAACCUUCUGGAACUAAAACACUUGAUUCUUUUUAAUGAGAAGUCACUCACACCUUUGAAAAGCCCUUGGUGUAUUGUAGGAUGGUCACCGUCAGAACUCAUGCAUCCUAGACCAGGGCCUCUUCAUGUUUCUCCAAGCUCUACCUAAGAAUAAGCUUGUUCCCCACUCUUAGCUAUGUACCAAAUGAGAAACAGAAGACAUUUCAACUAGGGGGGAGGUGGUGACUCGUGCACCUGUCGGCAUUGAGCACAUCUACAUACCAGCCCACACCUCUACACCUUGGGGCCAUAAAGUAGCAAGUAAACUACUUUAGUAAGCUAAAACUCUCCAAUGCUACAACUUGGGAGUCACAUUCAUAGUUGUCCUGCUUUCUGAGUCCUUUUCCGGGUAGGCACUGAGGAACUAACUGCCUCUUUGUUUGGGCAGGGCUGGGAGUGGCUCAGAGUAGGAGGAAUGGUACUAUGGGCUCUGAACAGGUGGGGAAGGCCAAAAAGGGCAUUGGCUCAAGCAAAGGCUCUAAGGUUAUCUGUUCAGGGAAGGCCUGCCUGAGUACACCAGAAGGUCAGUAUUCUUGUCUGGUGAUUUGUACAUAUAUCCUUGGUUCAUUGCAAAGCAACCUGCUUUGACACACUUGAACAGGAUACAUUAAACUCCAUGCUUAAGAUGGCACAUCAACACCAGAGAGACCUGAGGCUCGGGUAGGAGGGUACAGAGAUCUUGGAGUGAGUGCAUUAAAGGGCUAUUUCCCAAGGAUGAAUGAGAGGUGACAAUUCCAUACAGCUUUUCUUCUAGUUUCAGGUUUCAAGGCCACUCUUUGAAUGUGCCUUUAGACUGGUCGAGCCCAAACUGACCUCUACCUGUAUCAUAGUAAGAGUCCCACAUACACAGUCAUGAAAAAGGUACUAGCCACCAGGUAUGCUGGUACCACUAAUCCCAGAACACAGGAGGCUGAGGCAGAAGGAUCAUAAGUUUGAGGCCAGCUUAGGUAAGAUUCACUCUCAAAACUGAAAACAGGUCCCGGAGAGAUUGCAUAGCCAUGAGAGUAUAUAUAUACUGCUCGCAUCUAGCCUUCAUGUGCACCUACAUUCACAUUGCACAUACGAGGGGUUGUUGAGGGGUGUAUAGGCGUGGGGGUGUGUGUGAAAAAAAUAUUUUUUUUAAAUGAAAAUAGUUUGUAGCUGAAACACUUGUCCAAGAUUUGGCCCUUCAGACUGGUGUGGCUCUAAGUGGUAGCCACCAAAAUUCAGCAUACCCAGAUUUUUCUUUUUCUUGUUUUGGCAAAGAACAGCCUUUGUUUAACUGCUAGUUUGGUGAGUGUUUACUCUAAGUACUAUUUAUGGUUCCGUGGUAGAUGAAAAAAUAAGAUGAACUUGUAGAACCCUUGGAAUUGCAUCUGAAACAUGCUGUGCUAGGAUGUUUUUCAGUGGUAGAGUGUGUGCUCAGCAUACAUGGGGCUCUAGAUUUCACCCAGCACCAGCAAAUAAAACAUGUCCUAGUUUUUGGGGUUUUGUUUUAUUUUAUUUUCUUUCUUUUUUUUUUUUUUUUUUAAUUUGAGUGGCCUUUUAGACCCAUGAUCUAAUUUCUCUACAACCUAGAGCCAUAUUGGAUGUUACCACUCUUCCAUACCUAUGUCCCAAUCUCACAUUCUAUGAGGAUCAGCCACAGUACCAUCCCACUUGCCUGCUAUGAGUAUGUGUACUUGGUCAUAUGUUGAGCAGGGUAUAAACAGCUUGUCUGAUCAGCAAGGCUGUUUCUGAACAGGACAAAAAUAGAGUGUAGGAUUGGCUUUGACCUCAAGGCUCCUUGCAGAACUUUAGGACAUGUUAAUUCUUAGAGUCUAGAAACAGGGAGAGCUAUGUAAGUUUAUCACACACAUGAUAUAAAACCAUGACUUUGGAAAAACCUAGCUGGGAAUCAAACUAUUCCAUGAAGUGGUGGGCUUUGUGAAUCUUCUAUAUUCAUAAUUCUUAAUUAAUAACCAGUAUAAUUGGCCACUCAGGAUGUGCUAAGCAUUGUCUCUGAUCCUUACGACUUAGAAGGUAAGUACUUUGUCUUUUUCUUAUGUUAAUAAGUGACAGUGAAGCUGGAAGAAAAAGGAAUCUGUAAGACCCCACACAGCCGGAGACAAGCCAGCAGCCUUCUUUUCCAAUGCCAAAUGGAUGCCAGUGCUCACUACUGACUAGUAUAGCAGAUGUCAAAGGGUUAAGAAGAACUUAAACAACCCACUGGUGGUUAUGCUCCCCUUUAAUCUCAGCACUCGGGAGGCAGAGGCAAGCAGAUCUCUUGAGUUUAAGGCCAGCCUGGCCUAUAGAGUGACUUCUAGGACAACCAGGGCUCUGUUCCACAGAGAAAACCUGUCUCAAAAACACAACAAAAAAGUAAAAGGGAAGAAGGAAAACUUAAGCUGGGCGUGGCAGCACAUCUGUAAUCCCAGCUGUCAGGAAGUCGAAGCAAAAUAUGUACUUACAGGGCCAUCCUCAGCUGAAUAGCCAGGGCAGCCAGGACUGUGGAACCCCUGUCCUUAGGAGAGAAAGGGGAGGGGGAAGGAAGGAGAGGGUUCCAUCCAUACCUUAAAGCAGUAAGGUUUUUUGUUUCUGAGGUGGUCUCAAACACAUCACUCUGAUUUCUAUGUGGAAGAGAGUGAUCUGGAACUCCUUAAUCUCCUCCUUCCUCCCAAACCGGUACAAGCAUGUACAAACAAACACACAUUUAUGUAAUGCUGAUGACCCAACUCAGGGCUUUGGACAUGUUAGGCAAGCAUUGUCCCAACUGAGCUGCAUCCCCAGCCUGAAAAGCACUUUUCUUAAACUUCAUUGUGUACUGGAAUCCCCAGAGAGACUUGUCAGCACACAGGCUGCCUAGCUAACCUCCAGGAUUUCUGAUGUAGUAGGUCUGGGUGGAGCCUGAGAAUUUCACAGCAGAUCACAGCUGCUGCUGGGAAGACUACAGUUGGAGAAUCGCUGCCUUAAAAUCUUCCCUGCAACCAGGGAGAUGAGUUUUGCUGUUCUGGUUAUUGGAAGUGCCAUACUACAUAGAAGUAUGAUUCCAUUCCUGCUCUUGACACUCACACCUGUAGUCUUCAUUAGUAUCCUGAUGUUUUUCAAAGCUGAGAACAUCCAAACCCCACUCCUCCGUCUUCCUUCCCUGUUUGUCUCAGCCCCUUGGUUCUGGCUGCCCUCUGAGGUCCUGCCCAUGCUCCCUGGUCUGUUCUCCUUGGCCGACCAUCUUUUCAUAGACACUGAUGUCUCAUUCUCCCUUUCCUCCUUUCUGUGCAUCCUCUUCUCCAGUUGUUCAUCUAGCACACACAUCCUUAGGAUUAUUCUGGUUCCGAGCGGUCCAGACUUACUGCCUUGUCUUCCUUGCAGUCUAGAAAAUGAGUAUUGACAGUGCAGUGUAAUAUGGUUUGAAAGAGGGAGGAGCCCGUCGGAGGUGGGAUAGGUGGAUUUCUCCAUCUUCUCAUUCACAAAUGUCUGACCAGCUCAGUCAUUCAUUCUUCAGAAUCUGCCCAUUCUGCACAUUGUUCUUUGAUCCCAUUUUUCUCACAGUCCUGAUGCUCUCAGACAACUCCCAAAUCCCCUUACUGAACCAGGGCUCAGUCUGCAUUGUCCAGGAACUCCUGCUCCUAGCUGGUGUGACAUUCACAUUCAGACCUUUACUUGGAAGACUACCCUCUCUAGUUAUCUGGCCAGCUCCAAGCUGUUGGGGAAUCGAGGGGAUCUCUCUCUCUCUCUCUCUCUCUCUCUCUCUCUCUCUCUCUCUCUCUCUCUCUCUCUCUCUCUCCCUUCUUCUCCCCAAAAGUUUUUGAUAACACCACGCCCAGCUUUUUUCACAACUUCAUUUGCUCUUGAAGAAACAUCACAAUCCCUGACUGCCUAACAAUCUGGUCUCGACCUCUGGCACACCUCUAUAACUACCCUUGCCAUUUCCUGCCGUGGUUAGCCUCUGGUGACUGCUCACAUUUAUAGCUUGCACAAGCCUCAAUAAGGCAAGUUUUGUACAGUUCUGGGUUUCUCCUAAUUGAAUGAAUUGGAAAUGGGUGCUUUUUUUUCUCUAAAGGCAGGACAGAGAUUUCUCAUUAUUCCAGGGAAACAUCUCCUCACUAGUACAUUUGCAAACCAGCCUUUCAAAUAGCUAUUUCAAAAGCAAUAAGCAAGUGGUUCUGUGUCAAGGAUUACAAACACACCCUCAGGGUAUAAGUCAAGGGUGAGGAGGACAGUUCUAAUGUGACACAUUGGUCAAGAUUGUGGAAGGGUGUCAGACAUAUAUCUUUAAAGUGCUGUCUCUCAAACAGCUUAGAUGCAAGCGAAGGAGAUCUACUUAAAGAAACUAGGUGUAGAUAUCAUGAAGAUGUUGAUUCAAAAGAUGCUUGUGGGAAAUUUGAAGUGAAUUGUUACAAUGUGAGAAUGGGGGGAAAAGCAAUAUUUUGUAUUAUUGUAUCAUAUAUAUUGUUAUUUUAAAAUAAGCAUGUAUAAUUAAAUAAAUUAGAUACUAUAAAUAGACAUCUGACUAUUUGAUUGCUAUUUCUGGAAGUUUAAGUAUUAACAAUUGAUAUUUAUUUUUAAAAUAAAAAUAGUUUUAAAACUGUCCCAAAC